CGGGAAGAGAGCCUACGCUGGGCGCCAAACCUGGUCUCGCCGGGCGUUCCGUGGGAAUUUGCCGGGUCGGUAGCGCGCACAGCGAGGUUACCAAAUUCCUCCACACCGUCUCGUCCAACGUCUCAAGACCUCUGGAGGGGUGAGUUAUACUACUUCGCUGGUCUGGUAUGCUGCUGGAAGGCCGGGUCGACCUCGUAUGAUGAUUUGGGUGGAGAAAAUCCGGCCAGAACAGGUGGAUUGAAACACAGGCAGUUGGAUGACAUUGGCCACCUGCGACCCGGCCUCCCUGUAGAUUUCACUUUCGGGACUUGACACUGACGCUUUAUCCCUCCAGCCAGCAAGUCGCCCAUUCACCGCUACUCUCAAAAUGGCAUCAACAACCAAGGCUGUCCAGACCUUCGGCAAAAAGAAGACUGCUACGGCGGUCGCUCACGCCAAGGAGGGUCGUGGUCUCAUCCACCUCAACGGCUCCCCCAUCACGCUCCUCCAGCCGGAGAUCCUCCGCAUGAAGGUCUACGAGCCGAUCCUUGUCGCCGGCGAGGAGGCGUUCGGCGCGAUUGACAUCCGUCUCCGUGUCAAGGGUGGUGGACACACCUCGCAAGUGUACGCUAUCCGCCAGGCCAUCGCGAAGGCGCUCGUUGCGUACUACGCGAAGUACGUCGACGCGUUCAGCGCGAUGGAGCUCAAGAAGAAGCUCGUCGCCUACGACAGGACACUCCUCAUUGCGGACCCGCGGAGAUGCGAGCCGAAGAAGUUCGGUGGUCACGGUGCCCGUGCUCGCAGGCAGAAAUCCUACCGGUGAACGGUCGCAUCGGGCUGUCGAUUUGCUUUGCAUUGUCAUGUACCUCCGUCACUCCUAUCUCUAUGCCAUGGCAAUAUGCAAACCUGUAUCACGAGUUUCAAUGGGAUCAUCAUGCUGGCAGACUGCUCCGUGUCAAGUCGGCUUCCAUUGUGGUGAUACUCAUGCGUACAAUUUUUCAACACAAUCAAGGGGUCCAAGUGGCGCGCCGAACAAUGGCUCAUAUGCACGCGAAUACGAGUAGCGGCAGCGAGAUCUCUAGCUAUGAGUUGAGAAUUGAUAUCAGUCGUUGAAUCGGCGGGGAUGGUCAUCGUAAUUUGUAUGGUCUACGUUACAGCUUGGCGAUUGACAUAGUGGAUUUGUGCUCUAGCAGAGAUCAGCGAGGCCUUCAGUACUUGUAGGCGGGACCACCUGCCGUAUCUGUGUAACUGCUGUGUAAAGAUUCAUGCACUCAGUGCGA